AUGCAUGAAUAUGGUCGUAAGAAACAAUUUAUUGAUAAAAAAACAGCACAGCAUUUUCAUGUGGUGCAUCGUAGUCAGCGAGAUCCAAAAGUCCAAGACCCCGAAGCUUCCAAAUAUGUCCUUCUUUCUUCCAAAAAGCCCGUCGAGCUGCACUCCGACUCGGAUUAUGAAGAAGAUGAUGAUAAUGAGUCGGAGCUUGAUAGUGAUGACGAGAUGCCGGACCUUGUGGACACAUUUAUGGACUUUUUAGCUGCCAAGAAGAAGAAGAAGAAAAAAAAACGUGAUUUUUCCUGUACGAAAAGUACGUUUUGGAAGCGUCGAAGCCGAGGAUUUGGUGGAUGA